AUGACAGGCAGGGCCAUGUCUCGGGCCGCGAGUGUGCAUGCUUUUCUCUGUCUUCUCUUGCUCCGCCGCGGGAGCGGGUACGGCGCCUACCAGAACAGCUUCCGGUGCAAUGUUCCCGACGCAUACACCGAUGCCGAGUUGCAGGACCUGACGUCCUUCAAUUGCGCCUUCGUCGACGCGUGGACGUCCGAGGUCGAUGAGGCCAUCGCGGAGGGGCUCCACGAGAUCGUCACGCACAGCGAGGAGCAGCGGGCCGCGUGGAAGGCCCGCAGCGGCAACGCCUCCGAUGCGUGCUGGACCGCCAGAAGCCUGGACGCAAGCGGGGACCACCUGGGCGCCGCCAACCUGUCCAUCAAUGCCUGGGGGUCGAUCGUUCGGCAGGGGGCCACCUGCUGCACGCUGCUCCACCCGCCCUACUGCGUGGACCAGGACUGGUCGGCGUCCACCGUGGCCCUGCUGGCUCCGCUGGCCUUCCUGGCCUUCCUGUUCGCGGGGGUCCUCCUGGCCUCUUGCCGCGCUGCCCCGCAGAAGGAGCCAGCUGGCCUCUCGGAGGGCGCCGGCGCGGGGCGGGGCGCACCCGCACCGGCGGCGAGCGCCUCCCGCAGGCGGGAGCUGCAGGCGCUCCUGGAGUCCGCCUGGCUGGAGGGCCACUGCCUGCGCGCCCUGCCGCACGCGGCCCUGUUCGCGGGCCCCACCGCGAGCCUCUUCGCCGGGCUCACCGACGCCUUCCAGUUCCAGGAGGACAACGCGAAGAACCAGCACGAGCACCUGCUGUCCCUGUGGCGCUCGCAGCUCUCCAUGGUGGCCGACAGGGCCUACGAGGGGGCCGGCGCGGAGGUCGACGAGCAGGGGCUGCUGAGGGAGGCGCUGGGUGACCUGCACGCGGAGCUCCUGGACGGCUUCCUGCGCUGGAGGGAGGCCUUUUACGGCUUCGAGGGCUCGGGCAUGGAGGCGAAGGGUGGCCUGCCGCCGAUGUGCGGGGCCAGCUGGGAGCCCCUGCGUGGGGUCGGCACCGGCGACGCGGACGAGGAGCUCUCGCGGCAGCUGGCAGAGGUCGUCGCUUUCCUGCUGGUCUGGGGCGAGGCUGGGAACCUGCGCUUCAUGCCAGAGGUUGUCUAUUUCAUCACCGACCUCGUGCUGUCGUCGGAGCCCCACGACCUGAGCGAGCUCUAUCAGCUGCAGGGACAGCCCACCGGCGACAGCGGCCUGUUCCUCGCCAGGAUCGUGCGGCCCAUGUACAACUCGAUCUUCGACGAGUGGUACGACAAGGUGGACGUGCACCCUGGAAACCAGAAGGACGUCAAGAAGCUACGCGACGGGUUCGACGCCUACCUGCCUGGGAACGUCGCCAACUACGACGACUGGAACGAGCUCUUCUGCGACCCCGCCAGGCUGGCCGAGGGGUUGCUCCUGCAGGAGAGGGCACCAGGCUCUUCGAGCACCACCACGGCCAGAGGUUCUGCCACCUCGCAAUGGGGUGCCUCGGCGGAUCUCUCUCCAGGCGUGCGCCACGAAGACGCACAACGAGCUCCACUCGCUCUGGGGUGUGUUCGCCGCCACGCACCGCGUCUCCCUGCUGCACAUGCUCCUCUUCGCCGUCAGCCUGUGCGUAGUCAGCGGGGACCCGCAGGGGGUGGCCGAGGGCAAGCACCCCCUGGGCGGCGGCACGGCGGUCGUGCGCUUCGCCGCCGUCGGCCUGCUGGUGCCCCUGCACGCACUGGCCUGGUCGUUCGCACAGUGGCAGGUCACAGGGGAGGCCCUGCGCAACAAGUGGGGCCGGUGCGGCCCGUGCCUGAACUGCCUGGGCGCGGUGAGGACUCGAGGGCGCUCGGCAGCCUCUGCCGGCCGCUGUGCGGCUGCCCCGGCACCGGGGCGCGGUGCCUGCGGGGGCUCGUGCGGCGGCCGCCCCUGCUCGUCUUCCUGGCGCCGCUGGCCACCUUCGCCCUGCUGCGGUGGAGCGACGUCGAGAGCGCGGGCAUCGUGGCGGGGGUUGCCGCACUUCACUACCUGACCUCCGCCUUCGGCCUUGUGCACCUGCUUCUGGUGCCCUCGACCACCUACGACAGGUUCCCCUUUGAGAGCAGGACCCCCGUGCCGCUGUCCAGCCGCGUCGUUCGCUACGGCUUCUGGGGCCCGGUGGCGGAUCCUUUCUGUGAAGUUCGCGCUGGGGCUCAUCAUCGUGAAGGCUAUCAGCGACGCCAUGCAGGAUUUGCAGCUCACCCGCCCAGGCCGCGAGUCCGGACAGGACAUCGGGCAGCUGUACUUCACCGCCCAGUGGGGUGA